AAUGUGGAGUCAUCUCAAGGGCGAGGUCGCCAGGAGCAAAGAGACCCCGUUGCACCCAAGCCACAUGGAAGGUCUAAGGAGAUCAUGCAUAGCUUUGAUUCACCCUUUGCUCGGAUGGAGGAGGCAAUGAAUGGCAUGGAGGGCCAAGUAGAGGAACUUGGCCAAAGGGCUGAUGGACUCGAGGAGGAGGACGUCACCAUCCAUUCAACUAUCAAAGAUAUGAUGCUCCAACUUGAGGAGACCUUAAUGGGCCAAGUGGCUAAGUUGCGGGAGGAUUUUAUGGGGAAGCUCCAAGAGGUGCAAAGUGCCUAUAAGGAAGAGAUGAGCGACAUACGUGCUAGCUUUGAGGAAAUGCGUGGAGACAUUUCGUUGUGCAAGAAGGCACUCGCGUCAUCCACAAGCCAUCCCACUUUCGAAGCCAGGAGGAUCGAAGUGCCAAAACCUAUGAGUUUUGGAGGUACUCGCAACGCGAAGGAAGUAGACAACUUCCUAUGGGGACUAGAGCAAUACUUUGGAGCGAUGGGGAUUGCCGAUGAAGAUGCAAAAAUUCAGUUUGCUUCUCUUUAUCUUGCAGACAUCGCUAUGCUUUGGUGGAGAAGAAGAAAAGGAGAUGUAGAGAGAGGUUUGUGCACCAUGUCCACUUUCAAUGACUUCAAGAGAGAGCUAAAGAAACAGUUUUAUCCCGAGAAUGCUGAAGAUGAGGCUCGAGCCCGGCUACGAAGGCUCAAGCAAGAAGGUUUGAUUCAGGGCUACAUCAAAGAGUUCACAAGUCUAGUUCUUGAAAUCCCAGAUAUAUCAGAUAAGGAUGCUCUCUUCAACUUCAUGGAUGGGCUUCAACAUUGGGCAAAGACCGAGCUUAGGAGGCGAGGAGUGCAAGAUCUUGCCACUGCCAUCGCGGUUGCCGAAAGCUUGGUCGAUUAUUCAAAGGAGCCUAGAAAGCCUGAGGAUAUAAAGAGUUGCAACAGCAAAGGUGGGGAUGACAAGGGCAAAAACAAGGAAGAGAAACGUCGUGAAUCAACUCCAACGACGGCAUGGGAUAAGUGGAAGGCCAAAAACAAGCAAUAUCAAAACCGCUGCUUUCUUUGUGAAGGACCUCAUUGGGCAAGGGAUUGCCCUCAAAAGAAGGCCCUUAAUUCUCUUCUUGCAAGCCAUAAAGAAGAAAGUGACAGGGAAAAUGACAUGGAGGCACGUGUUGGAUCUCUUCAACAGCUGAAUGCGGUGCAAGCUCCAACAAAACCCCAAGGGAAGGGGUUACUCUUUGUGGAGAUGACAAUAGGAGGGAAGACUACCAUGGCAAUGGUAGAUACGGGAGCUUCCCACAACUUCAUCUCCAGUAAUGAAGCAAAGAGAUUGGGGUUGCAGAUGACUAAAGGAGGGGGCUCUAUCAAAGUCAUCAACUCAGCAGAGAUGCCAAUCGACGGAGUGGCUAAGGGAGUCAAGACCAGCAUUGGGGCAUGGUCAGGUAAUAUUGAUUUCUCUGUCAUUCCUUUGGAUGAUUACAAAGCUGUCCUGGGAAUGAACUUCUUGGAGCAAACAAGAGCAUUCCCAAUGCCAUUUGCCAAUAGCCUAUGCAUUACGGAAGGGAGUCUAGCUUGCUCAAUACCGAUAAUAAGGUUAAGCAAGCAAGGAUCCAAAACGCUAUCGGCGAUCCAGUUCAGGGAUGGCAUUUCACAGGACAAGGGGGAUAACUUGGCUAUCCUUCAUAACAAUGAAGGAGAAGAAUCCCAAAGAGCUGGGAUGCCAAGGAAUGUGGUGGAGGCAAGAGAUAAGCCGCCAGCCAGGAAGACGUGUUGCAUCAAGGAGAAGCCAAAGAUUGCCAAGUAUGGGGGCAAAUCGAAGAGGCAGUUUCAAAGGUGCAGGGGAAGCCGCAAUGAGGGCAUUGCGGGUUUAAGUGGGGGAGAGUGUCACGCUCCGCCAUAUUCAAGAAGUCGUCAAGACAAACACGAGAUGGAAGAUUCUAGAGAAGGUCCGAAUAUGAGGAGUCAUCAAAGGGGCUCUAGAAGAUUCCACCACGUUCAGGGGAGAGCAAGAAGGAAAAGCUCUAAAGAGGAUCUAAGAAUAACCUAGAAUGUUCUAGAGUUAUUUAUGUACAUUAGAAUAGUCUAAGAGAUAGAAUAUUAUAUUAUAAUCUAGAAGCUUCUCUUGGACAUUGUAUAGUCCCACAUUGGCUAGAUGAAAGGCCAAAGGCAUGGAGGAGGCUAUAAAUAGGAGCUCCUCCCCUCAUUUGUAUUGACCCAAGCAUUGA